CCGCCGCCGCCGCCGCCGCCGCCGCCCGAGACUCGCGCAGAGCAGUUAUGGCGGAUCCCGCAGCGCCCGCGCCCGCAGCUCCGGCUCCCGCCCAGGCCCCGGCCGCGGCCCCGGACGCGGCGCCGACCCCGGACGCGGCCCCCGCCCCGGCCCCGGCGCCGGCGCCCGCCCCGGACUCGGCCUCAGGGCCGUCCUCGGACUCCGGCCCCGAAGCCGGCUCGCAGCGGCUGCUCUUCUCUCACGACCUGGUGUCGGGCCGUUACCGCGGCUCGGUGCACUUCGGGCUGGUGCGCCUCAUCCACGGAGAGGACUCGGACUCGGAGGGCGAGGAGGAGGGCCGCGGGAGCUCGGGCUGCUCCGAGGCGGGGGGCGCGGGCCACGAGGAGGGCCGGGCCAGCCCGCUGCGCCGCGGCUACGUGCGCGUCCAGUGGUACCCGGAGGGCGUCAAGCAGCACGUGAAGGAGACCAAGCUGAAGCUAGAGGACCGCUCUGUGGUGCCCCGGGACGUGGUCCGGCACAUGCGAUCCACCGACAGCCAGUGCGGCACCGUGAUCGACGUCAGCAUCGACUGUGCCGUCAAGCUCAUCGGCACCAACUGCAUCAUCUACCCCGUCAACAGCAAGGACCUGCAGCACAUCUGGCCCUUCAUGUACGGGGACUACAUUGCCUAUGACUGCUGGCUGGGGAAGGUCUACGACUUAAAGAACCAGAUCAUCCUGAAGCUGUCCAACGGUGCCAGGUGCUCCAUGAACACAGAAGAUGGCGCCAAGCUCUAUGACGUCUGUCCCCACGUCAGCGACUCUGGUCUCUUCUUUGAUGACUCCUAUGGCUUCUACCCGGGCCAGGUUCUCAUCGGCCCCGCCAAGAUCUUCUCUAGUGCCCAGUGGCUGUCUGGGGUCAAGCCUGUGCUCAGCACCAAGAGCAAGUUCCGUGUGGUGGUGGAAGAGGUGCAGGUCGUAGAGCUAAAAGUCACAUGGAUUACCAAGAGUUUCUGUCCAGGGGGCACGGACAGCGUCAGCCCCCCGCCCUCUGUCAUUACCCAGGAAAACCUAGGCAGGGUGAAGCGUCUCGGAUGCUUUGACCAUGCUCAGCGGCAGCUUGGGGAGCGUUGUCUGUAUGUCUUCCCAGCCAAGGUAGAGCCGGCCAAGAUUGCCUGUGAAUGUCCAGAAAAACACUGCGCCCAGGGGGAGGGCUCUAUGGCCAAGAAGGUGAAGCGCCUGUUGAAGAAGCAGGUUGUGAGGAUCAUGUCCUGCUCCCCGGACACGCAGUGCUCCCGAGACCAUUCCGUGGAGGACCCGGGAAAGAAAGGAGGGGCCAAAGCCAAGAGCGAAACGGGGUCGGUCAGCCCCGAGGAGACGCCCGAUGGGGCCGCCAGCCCGGUGGAGAUGCAGGAUGAGGGCCCAGAGGAGGCCCAGGACGCGGGUGAGCAGCUGCCCCCCUUCCUGCUGAAGGAAGGUGGCGACGACAGGCUGCACUCGGCAGAGCAGGACGCGGACGACGAGGCCGCCGAUGACACGGAUGACACCAGCUCGGUGACCUCCUCUGCUAGCUCCACCACCUCCUCCCAGAGUGGCAGCGGCACAAGUAGAAAAAAGAGCAUCCCCUUGUCUAUCAAGAACUUGAAGCGGAAACACAAGCGGAAGAAGAAUAAAAUCACUCGUGACUUUAAGCCGGGGGACAGGGUGGCGGUGGAGGUGGUGACCACCAUGACCUCGGCAGACGUGAUGUGGCAAGACGGCUCCGUGGAGUGCAACAUCCGCUCCAACGACCUCUUUCCCGUGCACCACCUGGACAACAACGAAUUCUGCCCCGGAGACUUUGUGGUGGACAAGCGAGUCCAGACCUGUCCAGACCCCGCCGUCUACGGCGUGGUGCAGUCUGGGGACCACGUGGGCCGCACCUGCAUGGUGAAGUGGUUCAAGCUGCGGCCCAGUGGCGAUGACGUGGAGCUGAUUGGAGAAGAGGAGGACGUGAGCGUCUACGACAUCGCUGACCACCCUGACUUCCGGUUCCGCACCACGGACAUCGUCAUCCGCAUCGGCAAUACUGAGGAUGGAGCUCCUCACAAGGAGGAUGAGCCAUCAGUUGGCCAGGUGGCCCGUGUGGACGUCAGCAGCAAGGUGGAGGUGGUGUGGGCUGACAACUCAAAGACCAUCAUUCUGCCCCAGCACUUGUACAACAUCGAGUCUGAGAUUGAGGAGUCGGACUAUGACUCGGUGGAAGGCAGCACCAGUGGGGCGUCCUCGGAUGAGUGGGAGGACGACAGCGACAGCUGGGAGACGGACAACGGGCUGGUGGAGGAUGAGCACCCCAAGAUAGAGGAGCCCCCCAUCCCGCCCACCGAGCAGCCGGCGGCCCCUGAGGAGGACAAGGGGGUAGUGAUCAGCGAAGAGGCUGCCACGGCCGCCAUUCAGGGGGCCGUGGCCAUGGCUGCCCCCGUGGCUGGGCUGAUGGAGAAGGCUGGCAAAGACGGGCCCCCGAAGAGCUUCCGGGAGCUGAAAGAGGCCAUCAAGAUCCUGGAGAGCCUCAAGAACAUGACUGUGGAGCAGCUUCUGACAGGCUCGCCCACCUCCCCCACAGUGGAGCCGGAGAAACCGACUCGGGAGAAGAAGUUUCUAGACGACAUCAAGAAACUGCAGGAAAAUCUCAAGAAGACCCUGGACAACGUGGCCAUCGCAGAGGAGGAGAAGAUGGAGGCGAUGCCAGACACGGAGCGCAAGGAGGAGAAGCCGGAAGGGCAGUCACCCGUGAAGGCCGAGUGGCCCAGCGAGACCCCGGUGCUCUGUCAGCAGUGCGGCGGCAAGCCCGGAGUCACCUUCACCAGCGCCAAGGGCGAGGUCUUCUCAGUGCUGGAGUUCGCGCCCUCAAAUCACUCUUUUAAGAAAAUUGAGUUCCAGCCUCCGGAAGCCAAGAAGUUCUUCAGCACAGUACGGAAGGAGAUGGCGUUGCUGGCUACCUCGCUGCCUGACGGCAUCAUGGUCAAGACCUUCGAGGACAGAAUGGACCUCUUCUCAGCCCUGAUCAAGGGCCCCACUCGCACCCCCUACGAGGACGGCCUCUACUUGUUUGACAUCCAGCUCCCCAACAUCUACCCAGCCGUGCCCCCCCACUUCUGCUACCUCUCCCAGUGCAGUGGCCGCCUGAACCCCAACCUGUAUGACAACGGGAAGGUGUGCGUCAGCCUCCUGGGCACCUGGAUCGGAAAGGGCACAGAGAGGUGGACGAGCAAAUCCAGCCUCCUCCAGGUGCUCAUCUCCAUCCAAGGUCUAAUCCUGGUGAAUGAACCGUACUACAACGAGGCGGGCUUCGACAGCGACCGGGGCCUGCAGGAGGGGUAUGAGAACAGUCGCUGCUACAACGAGAUGGCGCUCAUCCGCGUGGUGCAGUCCAUGACCCAGUUGGUGCGGCGGCCGCCCGAGGUCUUCGAGCAGGAGAUCCGGCAACACUUCAGCACCGGUGGCUGGCGGCUGGUGAACCGCAUCGAGUCCUGGCUGGAAACCCACGCCCUGCUGGAGAGGGCCCAGGCGCUGCCCAACGGGAUCCCCAAGGACAGCGGCUCCCCGGAGCCACCCGCCGUGGCCGAGCUCUCAGACUACGGCCGAGAGGAAGCUGAGGACGGAGGGCUGUUCCCCGGAGAGGCCUCCCAGGGCUCAGACUCGGAGGGCGGCGCCCAGGGCCUGGCCUCGGCCAGCAGGGACCGCACAGACCAGACUUCGGAGGCAGCGCCCGACGCCCCGGUGCCCCCCAGCGUCAGACCAAAGAAGCGGAGAAAGAGCUACCGGAGCUUCUUGCCCGAGAAGAGCGGCUAUCCUGACAUCGGCUUCCCUCUCUUCCCACUCUCUAAGGGUUUCAUCAAGAGCAUCCGGGGUGUCCUGACGCAGUUCCGGGCCGCUCUGCUAGAGGCGGGCAUGCCUGAGAGCGCGGAGGACCAGUAGCCGCCAGCCCUCGAGGAAGAAGCGUCACGUGGGGAGAGGCCAGCCGCUGCCCGCUCGCUCCUUCCCCCGGAACCUUCCAUCUUCCCGUUUUCUCCUCUGUCCCCAACGCGAAAGCCCCUCGCUGCCCUCUCCCCGAGGUGAGUUUGAUGCUGAAGUGCAAGAAGUUUCAUGAGAUGCUGCCGUUUCUUUUCCGAAGCGAUCUUCCAACGGGCCGGUGCCCUGUGGCAAAGAGAAUCUGAAACCUGUUGCUGAUUUUCCACUUGUCACCCAGGCGGAGCGUCCCGGCACUUGCUCCCUCGCCGUCCCCAUCUCAAGGCGGAGGUGGGGUCUUCCUAGGGCCUGGCUCGGGGGCUCCGUCUGCCCCACGAGCCGUGCAGCUCAGCCGCAGGACGAGUGGGUGUGCCUUGCAUGAAGUGUGGGUUGCUCCAGCGUUUCCCCCCUCGUCCCUUUCAGCCUCUUCGGUGCCCCAUAGCGUCCCCGUUCCUGGGUCCUCCCGCUGCCACCGCCACCAGAUCCUCCCUUGUCUCCCCACCCCCCCCCCCACCCCCCUCCACCCCCAGCUGGGGAGUUGUGGCUGCCGUCACCGACUCCUGGCUCUGCUCUGGACCUUUCACAGGAUAAUCCUCAGGCUGUUGAACUUGCUCUCUCAGAGAGGUUGGGACCAGGCUGGGUUCAGGGUGACACCCGGGAGAGGUGGUGGUGGCCCUUGCGCAUAACAUGGAAUGAGGACCAGGUUGCUGCUGGAAAAGAAGACAGCUGUAGGUGCCUUGCUCUCGCGUCCAGGUGGCUGGGGCCCCGCAGUGCUGGCAAGCCGGUCUGCCCCCUGCCCCGUCCCGCCCCAGGGCCCUAGGAGGCAGGGAGGCGGCACAGACAAGGCCACAAGGCCGGGGCAGGUGCUGGGGCCCCUCCCGCAGACUCUGCCCCUCCCACCAUCACAUGCUAACCCUGGGAGGUGACAUAGAAGGAACCGGCCUGCUCUCUCUCUCUCUCUCUCUCUCUCUCUCUCUCUCUCUCUUUCUUGGUUGAGGAUGAGGCCUCCUGUUGCUUACAAACUCUGCAGGCUCAAUCUGGGGAGAGAGAGGUGGCCGACAGGGGUUCUCCUCCCUCGCAGAGACAGGCCCAGAGGUUUACAAGUUUUCUAAGCUUUUGAUAAUGUGAAGCUCCAGGUUAAGAGGAUGCUGUUGAGCACAUUGCAGCUAUGUAAUUUUUGGUGUAUGUAUGUAAUAUUUAAGGUUGAAAGAAAAUAAAUCUCAAAAGCAAAGAUAUUAACUCUUAUUAGAAAAAAAAAAGACAAAAAAAAAAAAAAGAAGCCAAAGCAUGAUGCGUCUUGUCCGCCUUCCGCUGGCUCCACACUGUGCUGUGCCGUAACCACCCGGCGGGCAGCGGCCGCAGGGAAGGACGGAGCCGGGCCGCGGCAUUUGGAGCCCUGAGUCGGUAUCUUGUUUGAGAAACAUCUAGAGUGGUGGGGCUGUGCUUCCCGGUGCGUUGUUCAUGUGGAGAUGUGAAUGCCUACUGCUUACGAUAUCUGUAUAAAGUGCUGUGUGAUUAAACUUUUUUUUUACUUGCAUUUUUUUCGUUUGGCUCAUUACAAUGUACAAAAAAGACAAGGUGGCACUAUUAAACCUGCCUCUGCCAUUCA